CGAAGGGUCCAUGUCCAACAACCAAAUUGCUUAAGACCGAGUCUCACUCGACAGUCACUGAGUCAGUUGAAACUCGAAGGAAGCGAUGAUGGAAUUACAAGUUGACGAGAACGACUUGAAAGCCGCCGGCGCUGAGCUUUUCGCCGACGGUGGCCGGCAAGGCAUUCGCAUCCAUGGCUGGCUGAUCGAGUCUCGGAGGCACUCCAUACUGAAAUCUUCCACCCUCCAAGAGUGGGAGCAGAAACUUGAGACGUCUCAUUUACCAGAAAUGGUUUUUGGGGAAAAUACUUUAAUUCUAAAACACUUGAGUAGUGGCACCAAAAUUCAUUUUAAUGCAUUCGAUGCUUUAUGUGGCUGGAAACAGGAGGCCUUGCCUCCUGUUGAAGUUCCUGCAGCGGCUAAAUGGAAAUUUAGAAGCAAGCCCUCUCAGCAAGUAAUACUAGAUUAUGACUAUACAUUUACAACACCUUAUUGUGGAAGUGGCAUUAUUGAGACUGAUAAUGAUCUGAUUGGGAGAGAAAUUUCUGAGGAAAACAGAAAUAUCCAUUGGGAAGACUGCAAGGAACAAAUUGAUGUAGUUGCAUUGGCAUCCAAAGAGCCCAUACUUUUCUAUGAUGAGGUGGUCUUAUACGAGGAUGAACUUGCUGAUAAUGGAGUAUCACUUCUUACUGUAAAAGUGAGAGUCAUGCCAAGUUCUUGGUUUCUUCUCUUGCGAUUCUGGCUUAGAGUUGAUGGAGUGUUGAUUCGACUGAGAGAAACUCGUAUGCAUUGUGUAUUUGGUGGAAGCACAACUCCUAUUAUACUUCGAGAGAGUUGCUGGAGAGAGUCUACAUUUCAAGAUUUGUCUGCGAAAGGUUUCCCUUUUGAUUCUGCUGCAUAUAAUGAUCCAAGCAUCAUCAGCCAGAGGCUCCCCAUCAUCAUGCAGAGGACCCAAAAGCUUGUAAUUUCCUCUUAAGUUAUAAAGCUGUAAAUUCCCAUAAUGCAAAAGGGAUUCUGAUCAAUUCGUAUCUUGUUCAUAUUUUAUUUAAACUUAUAUCAUCGCUGUUGAUACCAUCAGUUGCUUGUUAUGAGAUAAGCUCAAGUUGAGAUGCGUAUUCGUCAUGUUUUGUACUUAACAAAAGGUGGGGGAGGGUUUUAGGGGCUGAUUGUCAUGCGUGGAACCAAGGGGACACUCGAAUACUAGUCAUUCGGGGUGGCUUUUAGGGCGUACUAUAAAGCUUUGGAUCCAAUAAUUUGUGUUACUU